GUGAGAUUUCAUCAACUCGGCCACACGUUUGUCGAUCAGCGGGAAAUGGUUCCCGGUCCUCUAGGUCCUAGUGGGGGGCUAUGUGAUAGAGAACCCCACGGGAGCUUUCACUUCAAAGCAUACGAGAUAGAUUAUUCUUACAUCAAUCAUUUAAGAGUAAUGACGGUGUAAUCAUCAAACUGAACAUCUCCAGUCCCUGCUUCCCGUACGAUUCGACAUGAGCGGGAAAAUAAUCCAACCACAGCAAGUGCUUCAAGCCGACGCAGACGGAUUUCUAAAACGUUCUGUACUAGAUCUAUUCUCGCUCAAGGGACGGACUAUCGUCAUCACGGGCGGUGCGAGAGGAAUUGGUCUCGCGCUUGCAUUCGCCGUUGCUGAAGUUGGUGGCAAUGUUGCUAUCAUCGACGUCCUGUGGGAACCACAUGCGCACUUUCAGGAGCUCGAGAAGUUCGAUGUCAGGGUCAAACUUUAUAAGAGUGAUGUGACAAGCUUCGAUUUAUUGAAGGGCACGUUUGAUGAAAUUGUCAAAGAUUUUGGGCGGAUUGAUGGUUUAGUGACCGCAGCAGGUAUCUGCAUAGACGAGCCAUUCUUAGAACGAAAGCCCGAAUCAGUAGCUCGUUCAAUGAACAUCAACUUCCUCGGCACCUACUACGCAGCCCAACUCGCCGUGGCGCAAAUGAAAAAGCAAACCCGACUCGAAGGCAGUUCACAAGCAGGCUCAAUCGUCUUCAUUGCAUCGAUCGCAGCAUACGUUGCCAGCAAAGGCCAAACGACUAGCGAUUAUUGCGCUAGCAAAGGCGCCGUUCUCUCGUUGGCGAAAGCACUGGGGGUUGAGCUUGCGAUGCAGGGUGUGAGGGUGAAUAGCAUGUCGCCGGGAUAUAUGAUGACUGAUAUGACGCUGGAUCUUGCGAAGAAGUAUCCUCACUUGGGGGCUAUUAUGACUAGUGAGCCUCCCAUGCGUCGGAUGGGAGAUCGGACGGAUUUGAAGGGCCUUGUUGUGUAUUUGCUGUCUGAUGCGAGUGCGUACACUACUUCAGAAGACCACUUGGUGACGGGAGGAAUUCAUGCUGGAAGGUUGUUGUGAGCGUGAUG